AUGUUUCGUGCAUUCAGACAUCCGCUGCCAGUGGAAGAGGCAUUGGGAGAGCCCAGCAGGUCGAACCCGUCCAUUACGCCCCUGCCUUAUGAUCUCGAGCGCAUGAUCUUCGAGAUGGCAGCUCGAGAAGGUGGGGAUCAAGUAGUAAUGCACUUGAUGCUUGUCGCCAAAUGUGUUUGCGACUGGGUGCGCCCGGAACUUUACCGAAUCUUCACACAAGUAUCGGACAGAGAGAUGGACACCUUUCCUCGUCCAGAUAUGAAUCUCGAUGAUGUUGGCCGGUUCGCAUACCAUCUGAUCAUCGGCGGCUCUCGCACCAGCGACGAAAUCAGUCGCUUUCUGACAGCGUGCCCGAAUGUCUACAACCUCGCUAUCUGGUCGACUGAACCUAUAGUCGAUUUCCUACCCCAAUUGCGGCUACUACCCCUUCGGCGCUUAUCCGCCAAUUUCAGGACGCUCUCAGAUGACGAGUGGUUGGAACCGCCCUUCUGUAAUCUGGAGUACAUCGACGUUGUCCGUAUGAGGGGACACUGCUGGGAGGAUUGGAACGUCCUCGCCACCUUGCCCCGACUAACGCAUAUUGCGGUCAACUCCAUCGUCGAGCUUCAGGUCAUUCACAAUCUUCUCUCAGAAUGCCGACAUCUGAAAUCAUUGGUCCUUCUCGCCAACACUGUUAAUUGGAGCUUUUCUGACGCCCAGGAACUCGCUGGCAUCCGAGAUGACCGCCUGGUCUUGCUGGAAGAUACCCCUGCGUGUGACAACUUAAUGGACUGGAGAUUGGGCGCGAGGGGCAAGGGGGACUUCUGGCGAUAUGCGGAGCAGAUUUCUUUUGCUCGUCGGGCAAAACUCGAGAGCACAUUGGGUUCAACUCGGGGUUGGAUUUCGAGCCUUUUCAAUCUGGAAGACCACCUGAACGAUGAAGGGAAAUUGUGGUACGCGUCCUUCGGAUGA